CCGGCUGCGAAACCUAAUGGGCAUGUAGUCCUCGUAAUAUAGCACCCGAGAGCUUGGAAGUCCCGUCUAUCCGAAGUUUUUUGCGGAGUGAAUGGAACUUGAACUGGCAUUAAUCACUAACAUCAAAUCAGUCGUGUUUGCACCGCCAUCAGGGGUGUAUCGGACCAAUAAAUAAAUAAACUAGUUGUUACAAUUACAAUUACCAAUAUGGUGGUAACCUGUGAAAUCGAGUUCGAUAACAAUCCCCAUGGCACCUAUUUUGGGGGCCAGGUGAUGACGGGCAGGGUAACCAUCAAAUCGGACAAGAUGAAGUUGGUGAAAGCCAUUACCUUGCAUGUGACUGGUAACGCCGAGACCCGAUGGACCGAAAGGGUGACCAGACAUCGGAGGAGGGGACGUCGCUCGUUCUACGGCCGUGAGGAUUACAUUUCAUCCAAAACAUUUCUGGUGGGAUCAAAUCUAAGCACCCAAGUACCAAUUGAGGCUGGCAUUCACGUGUACAACUUUACGUGCCAAAUACCCACCGAAUGUCCUUCGUCCUUCGAGGGAAUGUAUGGCAGGGUGCGUUACAUGGCGAAUGUGACAUUGGUUAGGCCUUGGAAGUUUGAUCAGAGCUACACAAGAUGUUUCACUGUACUUAAAGUAAUGGACCUAAACUUUAAUGGCCCACUUCUGAGGGUUCCCGCCAACAGUGAAACCUCAAAAACCUACUGCUGCUGGCCCUGUCGCUCAGAUCCCUUGUCUCUGCAGCUCACUGUACCCCAAACUGGAUUCGUUCCGGGCCAGAGCAUUCCACUGAGUGUCUUGGUGACCAACGAGAGUCACAUUCCGGUGGAGCAGCUGGUGGUUACCUUAGCCAUGCUGGUGACCUACCACAGUAAGCCACCCUCUAUGCCCAACACCACCUCUGAGCGUGUGGUGGUCAACACUCUGAAAGGCGACCCCGUACAGAGAAAUUGCAAAAAACUGUACAACUACGAAAUUAAGGUGCCGGCCACACCGCCCACCUGCUUCAACGUUUGCGGCAUCAUCCAGAUUGCCUACCAGGUGGAGGUGGAAGCCCAGGUGAAGGGCUGCCACCAAAACGAGUUAGUUAGCGUGCCCGUGACUGUUGGCACUAUUCCCCUGACCCAGCACGUGCCCAUUCAGCCACGGGGUUUGCUCAAUCAGCCACUUGAUGUGCAGGGCUUGGGCUCCGGAUACACGGCCACUGCACCGCCUAUUGAUGCAUCGAGUCCUUGGGCUGUAGACGAAUCUAUACCUCCCCCCAACUACCAGGAGGCUAUUCACAUGGGCUCAACUGCUGCAAAGGCUCCUGAGGACUGCGACGACCCAGAGCCAGUGGCUCCCAAUACUCUCAGCCUGGAUGGCAGUGCCUACAAGCCUCUCUAUCCAGUGUUCGACAUUCCCAGUCCUUCGGCUCCACCCCCAACGGAUUACACACAGAACUAUAUGGCCGAAAGGGCCUUUGUCAAUCCGGCUUUGGAUUUAGACAAGGACAAGGGGACCUGGCUGUGAAUAUUGACAAUAAAACUAUCCAAAGGCUUACAUAUAAGUCUGAUUAAGUACCAAUGAUAAACUACUAUGAUUGAAUGAAAUUUGUAAUUUUGUGCAAUCGAUAUAAUCCUUUGUAUUACAAGAGAAUUAAAAUGAAUUUAAAUAUUUGAACGUGCGUAA